CAAAGAGAGCACGCCUAAGUAGGGUGGCGAACAUACUACGCAGUGCUGUUUACAAAUGUGUAAAACAUGGUCAAAGAAGAGGACGCGAUCCGAAAGUUCGUCGUGACACAACUUCAGCAGUGUUCGGACCUCAGUGCACUGACUUUGGGUAUUCUUCGAAGGAGAUAUUUGCAGCAAGUAGGGAGAGAGUCCCUUAACAUGAAGGAUAAUCAGUUUAUGAAGAAAAUCGUUGAAGAGGAACUUUUGAAAAUGCAGGUCAGCAGUGAUGACGAGCCUCUUGUUAAGUUUGUAGCUCCACCAAAAAUCCAGAGCAAAAGAAAAAGGGUGGAUGAUGAUGAUGAUGGGGAUGAAGGCUUAGAGAAUAAAUUGUUGGGAAGGACAAAGAGAUCACACCUCGACGAGACUUCUCCAGAUUCCCCCGACUCUGGAAUAGAGAAAAUGAAUGAGGCUGGACAAAAAGAGGAAGAAGCUGGAAGUGAUCAUACAGAUGAAGACAAUGAAGAGGAACAGGAGAAAAAGAGCACUAUGAAAAAAGUAACACAGCAGAAAAAGAAUAAGAGUGGGGGCAAGCAGAGCUCAAAAGGAAGGGACAACAAGAAGAAAAAGAUUCCUGAGAAGAGAAGGAAUAAAUUAGAGAGUGAAGAAGAGGAGGAUGAUGAGUUGGAUGAUUCAGAUGAAGAGGGAAAGCAAAAUACAGCAAGGAAAGGAGAGAAAAAUAAAAAAGAUGAAGAGGAUUCAGCUAGCGAGGAAACGAGUGAUAAACUGACAAAAAACUGCAGCAGUGAGUCUGCGGAUGAAAGAGGGAAAAGCAAAAAGAAGAUAAAGAAGAAAAGAAAAGAGACGGAUGCUAUGAAAGAAAUUGAGAGACAAGUGUUUGGGAGUAGCUCUGAGACUGAAGACGAGAAAAAAGAAAGCACUAAAACGUGGAAGAGAAGCAGCUCUGAAAGUGAAGCAACUGCUGAGAGUGAAGAGGAGAAAGAUAAAAGGGAGGAUGCUGCUGAUUUAUCUUCCAAAGUGAUGGAGAACAAUAGUAAGCUUGAAAACCAGGAGGAGGAAGCAGAGGACUCUUACUCCUCUCUUUCCUCACUGGAGGACGAGGAAGAACAAGAGAAGGACAAGAAGGAGGGAAAACAGAAGAGCGUAACUAAACUUGAUGAGUGUGAUGAGGGGGAGAGUGCAACCAGAGGAAAGGAUGAAGAAAAUAAGGCCGUGUCCAGGCUGAAGCGUUACAUCGCCCUCUGUGGUGUCAGACGGAAUUACAAGAAGCUGUUGGACGGCUGCCGAUCAGUGAAGGCCAAGGUGGCAGUGCUGAAAAAAGAGCUGGAGGAACUGGGUGUGGAAGGUCAGCCGUCGAUCGAGAAAUGUAAGAAAGCUCGGUUGAAGAGAGAAGAAGCACAGGAGCUGGCUGAGCUGGAUGUCAGUAACAUCAUCUCCACUCAGGGACGUCCCAAAAGGAGAGCAGCGUCAGCGGUAUGGCAUCCUCAGAAUGUCUCUCCUCCCAAAUCUGCCUAUAAACGUGUUGUGGACUCAGACUCGGACAGUGGGGACAGCAACACAAACAAGGGGCACAAGAGAGCAGCAUCCUGGGGCAACCUGCAGGGAAUCAUCAGUGAUGAUGGAGAGAGUGACUAAGUGCCUUUUUACUACGAUCUGUUUGUACAGAAUAAAACGUUGUUUGUACAAAAAUUAUAACCUACUCUAUCAAUCAAUGCGAUCGAGAAUGAAUCUGUCCUUUGGCAAGAGUUUUUUAUGUUCGUCCUCUAGUA